UCCUUACCUAUAUUUCUCCCUUUCUCAGUCCCCCUCUUUUCUUAGUGAGAAGCAGUCACCUUGUGAUGUGUGCUCACUCCGCCUCUUCCCAGCUGAUGCUCGCGCCCUGUCAAUUUAUUUUCUGAGAUGAAGAGUUGAGGAAGGGGGAAAAGAAAGCAAGAGGGUCUGCGGGGGUAGCGCAGUUAAAACAUCCAUGGGUGGUUGUGUGGGCAGUCACCAUGAUUCUUCAGGCAGUCUAAACGAAAACUCUGACGGAACUGGAGUGGCUCUUGGGCGUAACCAGGCCUUGAAGAGAGAGAAGCCCAAAUGGAAGAGUGACUAUCCAAUGACGGACGGCCAGCUGCGCAGUAAGCGGGAUGAGUUCUGGGACACUGCGCCUGCCUUCGAGGGCCGCAAGGAGAUCUGGGACGCACUCAGGGCCGCCGCCCAGGCCUUCGAGAGCAACGACCAUGAACUGGCCCAGGCCAUCAUCGACGGGGCCAGCAUAACGUUGCCACACGGCGCGCUGACUGAGUGCUAUGACGAGCUGGGGAACCGCUACCAGCUGCCGGUCUACUGCCUGUCGCCACCUGUCAACAUGAUCGAGGAGAAGAGUGACCUGGAGAGUCUGGAGGCCAGCGAGCCGCCGCCCAGCGAGGGCCAGGAGUGCCAGCUGCGCCUGCGCUUGUCUACGGGCCGGGACCUGCGCCUGGCGGUGAGGACCACGGACACGGUGCAGCACAUGAAGCGCCGGCUGCAGACGGUGGAGGGCGUGGCGGCGGCCACCCAGCGCUGGUUCUUCUCGGGCCGGCCACUCACGGACAAGAUGAAGCUGGAGGAGUUGAAGAUCUCCAGGGACUACGUGGUGCAGGUGAUCGUCAGCCAGCCGCCCGCCCCCCUGCCCACCCAGGCACCGCCCACCCCCACGCCAGACACGCCCGCCACGCUACCCCAGGACCCCACACCCGUGGAAAACUAGUGCCUGGCACCCAGAGAGGGCAUGCAUGUAGGAGGAGAGAGGACCACAUUGGCAGGACCAGCUUGUGUCUAAGAGAGCGAGCAAGAGAGGGGUGGAAGUGUGUGUCUGUGUUGAGGGAGAUGUGUGUGUGUGUGUGUGUGUGUGUGUGUGUGUGUGUGUGUGUGUGUGUGUGUGUGUGUGUGUGUGUGUGUGUGUGUGUGUGUGUGUGUGUGUGUGUGUGUGUGUGUGUGUGUGUGUGUGUGUGUGUGCGUGUGUGAAGGAGCUAAGCAGGUAGAAGAUUAAACACGUGUCUGCAAAGGGGCUGAAACAGGACUAGAGAACCAAGUCAAGCUGAGUGGUCAUUGAAAGGGUUUAUAUACAGUUGAGUGUUUGUUAAGCUGUGUUACCUCCCUCUCUCUUCUCCCUCCUCGACGGGACGGCGAGGUUAUUCUGCAAGGCAUGCUAGGAUAGCAGCAGGGGUGUGUCUGUGUCUCAGCCGGAACAGGAAGAUUCCGCCUCCUCGACUGAAGACAACCAACCAGGAGGAGGAAGAGACUCAACCACAAGACAGGACCACCUGCCAACCUGACUUUUAACAAAUCAACCUUUUACAAAAACUAUUUUUAAAAACUUGUCUUGCUUUUAGUGGAAACUGAACAACCAAAAAAAUAAAGAUCUGGGGAAACUAUAAGGAACGGGGAAGAAUAUACAGUAACAACUUUUUCAUUUUGCAUUGUUUUUACUCUUGUUUUGAUUUCACUGCUGUUGCAUUUUAGUCCUUGUCUUUGUCAAGGGUGAUUCUGUAUUGAUUUGGAGGACUGGGUCAAUGUUCCAGAACCUCUUACCUGCCUGCCUGCUCUCCAUCUCCUCUGUAGCUUCUAGUCAGUCAGCUGUCUGUCCUUCUAUUGCUCUCUUUGUUAUGCAUCCUACCUGUAACAGUCUUGACCUGUAGCUUCCUUCUGCAGACAUUACAUGUAGCUCUGCCAGUCAACUCUUAAGUAGAGGAAUCACAUGCUCUGGACUAUACCUUUUUUAACUCCCGUCUUGGUUUGUGAAGUUAGUAGGCCGUCACUGCGUCAGAUUAGUUCCCUUCUCAUUCUCCAGUAAACAUCUCAAUCGUGUAAACUUGACACUCUCGCUCUACAGUUGUCUGUAUGCACCUGGUAUUUGCUUGAGAUGGAAAUACAGUAGGUUUCCAGUUAUUACAGGUGCAGAACUUUAAAAAAGGAAAACGUACAAACUGAAUGUGCUGGGAUGAGGUGUCAUCGCAAAGUGUUACUAGCACUGUGUUUAGAAAUUCUGCUUCACUCUACUUUAAGAUACGUAUCAGCGCAGUGUGUAUUCAAUUUGUGUGUGUGUGUGUGUGUGUGUGUGUGUGUGUGUGUGUGUGUGUGUGUGUGUGUGUGUGUGUGUGUGUGUGUGUGUGUGUGUGUGUGUGUGUGUGUGUGUGUGUGUGUGUGUGAUAGAGAGAACGAGGGAGAGAGUAAAUGCAUGUUUGAGAGGUUGUCAAGAGAAAGUGUUGGAUGUACAGCUAUGUUCAUGUGUACAAUAUCUUCUGGUGACAAGAGCCAGACCUCAGAACAUAACAAGAAGAGGUUACGACCUUAGCAGGCCUCUAGGGGUUGUACUGUGGAGUGUGGACAUAAGUCACACCAGAGGUCUUGUCCUGUACUCCUGUAGCUGUUAAGACUUGGGUAACAUUUUUCUGCUUCUCUCGUGUGUGUGUGUGUGUGUGUGUGUGUGUGUGUGUGUGUGUGUGUGUGUGUGUGUGUGUGUGUGUGUGUGUGUGUGUGUGUGUGUGUGUGUGUGUGUGUGUGUGUGUGUGUGUGUGUGUGUGUGUGUGUGUGUGUGUGUGUGUUAAGGCACAUUAAGACUUAUUCACGAAAAAUGCAUUUCAGAAACCUAGUGGCAUAUUUCGAAAUAGAAUGUUUUUAAUUAAAUUGACCAACAUUUGUACUCCACAAUCUCUCUCUCAUUUCAUUGGACCAGUUGUUGGGAAUAGAAGAGCCUCUGGGGGUUUCAGUUAGAAAGCAGAACAAAAUGGAAUAGAAUGUUUGAAGAACAGAACCAGCCUAUUUGGAAUAUGACCUAUCCUGUAUAGAAGACUAGCUGUGGGUUCUAUUUCACACAGGUGUGAAGAAUAGGGUUACAAAGGAAGGGUAUAUUACUGGAAACCGUCUGAGUUUAUCAGUAAACUACCAGAAUUCUGGUAUCUUUCAAGGAUUUGAUGUAAUCUAUCACAAGACAUCUAGUGGCCCAUUCGGGUAAUUCAGAUUAUCACGUGUCCGUAAUAAUCCUGGCCCCUCAGUGGGGCCUUUAUCACCCAAAAAAUAUAUGACAUAAUAACAUGAUUUUAAAAUAGAAAAUAGAAUGACAAAGCUGUAAAAUGUAGGUACCUCCCCAAUUUCUCCCAUUUCGUGCCUAAUGACCACGACCCUGAUUAGAGGUUCAGAGUUUGAGUACACUGACGUUUUGUUGUGGGUUUAGAGGAUGUUGACCUAGGUCUGCAGCUGUGGAGGACAAGUCCUCCACUUCCUCUGUGAGAUUCCACCUAUUGGAAAGACAAUGAAAAACAGGGAAGCAGCUUUGUGAUCGUGGUUGCAUAUUUCCUUUAAUCUGCUGACAGAGAGUAAAUCACUUUAUUUUAUCACAGUGGAGAGAGAGAGAUGGGACCUUAUGUUCAUGUUAGGAAGACUAGAUAUUCUGUGUAUAUACUCAUUUGCCUGGCCACCCAUGGCACACAAACCACCAUCCACUCUCCUGUCCAUGAGGCAGCCCAUGGACCUAAUUCUUUCUUUUUUUAAGUCAUCAGUAAUUUCCUGCUGGAGGAAAGUCUGCUGUCAGCCAUCAAUUAUGAGUUGUUUACCUUGUGGACCUUUGCCCUUGUAAUAUUUUCAUACUUUUACUACAAAUGAUUUGUCAGAUAAACAGCAUGGGGAAUUUUCCCUGCCCAUGUGAAAGCCUGGUAUGAUGUAUUAGGGGAGGGAAACCCAGAGCUGAUGUAGGAAGUUUGUAGGAACAUCAAAGAUUUGUCUUUGUUCUUCACGUUAUACAGCUACCUACUUAUAUUCAGGGGUGGGGGGCUCACAAUAAUGCAUUUUUCAAUUUCUCAGUAGACCCAAAACAGCAAGUGCCAUGACACAUUCACCCUAUGAUAUGAUACAAUCCUCUGCGACAACUAAUGUCCCUGAAUCCAACUAUAGGAAGUCAAACAAUGUAAUCCGCUAUUAGGAAUUCAUAAAAUGUGACAUUAAUUGUGGUGUAUGACAUUGAGAAAGGCCCUCUGACAGCUACAGCGCCACCUAAGAGGAAGUCAUUGGGAAAGACUAUAAUGCUUUCAGCUCGCCUCUCUCCCUUGCAAUUAGUCUGAUGGUUGUAAUCCAUUCCUCUGUAAACGGAUGCCAUAUCUAAUCAACAUUCCAACGCUGGGCUAAUUAGUAGGCCAUCUUAUCUGAGGGAAGGAUGCUACUGCUGCUAAUGAACUCUACCAUGCAUCCCAAUGGUACUAACAUACGAAGCCAACAUGGCCGAGUCGAAGGAGCACACAGAUUGAGAUUCUGGUCGCCCUCGUUUCAUAAGGCAAUCACAGUUUAAUUUACCAUAAAAACAUACAUUCUGAUGAGGUUAAUUAGCCUCUGAAUUGGUUUGCACAGUGUCCAUGGAUAAGCUAUUCAAAAACAAAUUACACAAUGAUAUGAAGUGUAUAAAUGAAGAAAACCUUUAAUUAGUUUAUUUGAGAUAAACUCAGCAAAAACAGAACAGUCCCUUUUUCAGGACCCUGUCUUUCAAAGAUAAUUCGUAAAAAUCCAAAUAACUUCACAGAUCUUCAUUGUAAAGGGUUUAAACACUGUUUCCCAUGCUUGUUCAAUGAACCAUAAACAAUUAUUGAACAUGCACCUGUGGAACGGUUGUUAAUAAGACACUAACAGCUUACAGACGGUAGGCAAUUAAGGUCACAGUUAUGAAAACUUAGGACACUAAAGAGGCCUUUCUACUGACUCUGAAAAACACCAAAAGAAAGAUGCCCAGGGUCCCUGCUCAUCUGCGUGAACGUGCCUUAGGCAUGCUGCAAGGAGGCAUGAGGACUGUAGAUGUGGCCAGAGCAAUAAAUUGCAAUGUCCAUACUGUGAGACGCCUAAGACAGCGCUACAGGGAGACAGGACGGACAGCUAAUCAUCCUCGCAGUGGCAGACCACGUGUAACACCUGCACAGGAUCGGUACAUUCGAACAUCACACCUGCGGACAGGUACAAGAUGGCAACAACAACUGCCCCAGUUACACCAGGAAAGCACAAUCCCUCCAUCAGUGCUCAGACUGUCCGCAAUAGGCUGAACUGAGGGCUUGUAGGCCUGUUGUAAAGGCAGGUGGUCACCAGACAUCACCGGCAACAAUGUCGCCUAUGGGCACAAACCCAUCGUCGCUGGACCAGACAGGACUGGCAAAAAGUGCUCUUCACUGACAAGUCGCGGUUUUGUCUCACCAGGGGUGAUGAUCGGAUUCGCGUUUAUCAUCGAAGGAAUGAGCGUUACACCGAGGCCUGUACUCUGGAGCGGGAUCGAUUUGGAGGUGGGGGGUCCGUCAUGGUCUGGGGCAGUGUGUCACAGCAUCAUCGGACUGAGCUUGUUGUCAUUGCAGGCAAUCUCAAUGCUGUGUGUUACAAGGAAGACAUCCUCCUACCUCAUUUGGUACCCUUCCUGCAGGCUCAUCCUGACAUGACCCUCCAGCAUGACAAUGCCACCAGCUAUACUGCUUGUUCUGUGCAUGAUUUCCUGCAAGACAAGAAUGUCAGUGUUCUGCCACGGCCAGCGAAGAGCAUGGAUCUCAAACCCAUUGAGCACGUCUGGGACCUGUUGGAUCGAAGGGUGAGAGCUAGGGCCAUUCCCCCCAGAAAUGUCCGGGAACUUGCAGGUGCCUUGGUGGAAGAGUGGGGUAACAUCUCACAGCAAGAAUUGUCAAAUCUGGUGCUGUCCAUAAGGAGAAUAUGCACUGCAGUACUUAAUGCAGCUGGUGGCCACUCCAGAUACUGACUGUUACUUUUAAUUUUGACCCCCCCCCCCCUCCUUUGUUCAGGGACACAUUAUUCCAUUUCUGUUGUUCAGUUUAUGUGUCAGUUGUUGAAUCUUGUUAUGUUCAUACAAAUAUUUACACAUGUUAAGUUUGCUGAAAAUAAAUGCAGUUGACAGUGA